GCCCGUUUGCACCGUAAUACAUAAGCAUUGCUUAAAGGCUAAGUAAUGCUUAAGUAGUGAAUUUGCGUUGCACCGUCAAGUAACCCGUUCUCAAAAUCAAUAAGACGUUCUCAAAUAUAAGUAUUUGAAAUCCAGUGCUUAAGUUGUUCUCAAGCGCAUACGUCAAAUAGACAUAACCGCACAUAACCUAUACGUUAAAAAAGUAAUAAAAUAAAAUAAUGGAUCUGCAAAUUUUCGACGACGAUUUAGAUGUUUUGGAAAUAAUUGAUUUUGGUUUUCCAAAAUUAAUAUACACAAGAUCCAAUUAUUUCCACGAAAUGGACGAAUAUAAUUUUUUUAAAAGAUUUCGUCUAACAAAACAAAGUUGUUUGUAUGUUCUACGACAAAUACAAGAAAUUAUAGAAUUUCCGUCUAAUAAAAACAACUGUGUGUCUCCAAUGAACCAGUUGCUAACAACCCUUAGAUUUUACGCUUCUGCUAGCCAUUUAACUAUUGUAGCUGAUUUUACCGGGAUGCAUACUUCAACAGCUAGUAGAAUUAUAUCGCGGGUAUCGCGUGCAAUUGCUAUGCUGAGACCGCAAUACAUAAAAAUGCCAAGUAAUACCGAAGAAAUUCUAGCAGUACAAAACCAGUUUUAUGGAAUAGCUGCAUUUCCCAGGAUUAUAGGUGCCAUUGAUUGCACGCACAUAAAAAUUCAGUCUCCUGGUGGCGAAGAUGCAGAAGUGUACAGGAACCGAAAAGGCUACUUUUCUUUUAAUGUACAAGUUAUUGUAAAUGCAAAUUUGGAAGCCAUGGAUAUUGUGGCAAGGUGGCCAGGAUCUGUUCACGAUUCAACUAUAUUUAAUAAUAGUCGGAUUAGAGCACGGUUAGAAAACGGAGAUUUCCAAAAUGGCAUAUUAUUAGGCGACAGCGGAUAUCCUCUGCGAGAGUAUUUUCUAACUCCAUUGGCAGAGUGUAAUUGAGCAGAGUGUAAUUUGUAAAUUUGAGGUGCGUUUUAUCUUUCUCUAAAAUAUGUUUAUGUAAAUGAAAUUUCUAAAUAUUAAUUUAUCUUUAAAAGGUUCACCUCUUGCGACAUUUUUUAUAAACGUCCUUAUAACUCACAAUAUAACUCAACACUCUUCGAAUAUUCGCGAAGUUGGGAAUGAUACGAAUAGUAGAAAUGUUAUUUACAUGGUAUAUGUCAAAUGUCAACUGACAUUAACUUGACAACACGAAAAACCCUAAAAAAUUACUAAAAUUUAUAAAAAUAACUAAAUUUUAUGGCGUUGUUGCCAAAUAACCGAUACUUAAACGUUACUUAGUUGAGCAUUGUAUAUGUUGUGUCGGUGCAAUAGACAUAUAAUUUAAGUUCUUCUUAACUAUAAGAACUGCUUAACUAAGUUAUGCUCAACUAUGUAAACGGUGCAACCGGGCAUAAGUGUGGCAGAAAAAGUCGAAAUGAUUUUUAUUUAUGGAGAAAGUGGCAGAAAAGUUGCUGAUGCUGAUCGCCUUCGAGAAGUACCUUUUACAGAGUUGUGAAUGAUUUCACUAAUACUGGAAAUGUUGAAUCAAGAAAAAGAAC